ACCAUGGGCCUCUCGCGCGAGCGCAAGCAGGAGUACUUCGAGAAGAUGGAGGGCCUCCUCGACGACUACUCGAAGAUCUUCAUCGUCCACUGCGACAACGUCGGGUCGAAGCAGUUCCAGCAGAUCCGCAUCGCGCUGCGCGGCAAGGCCGUGGUGCUCAUGGGGAAGAACACGAUGAUGCGCAAGGUGCUCAACGCCUACCUCGCCAAGAACCCGGGCCACCCCUACGAGAUGCUCCUGCCCAAGGUCCUCGGCAACGUCGGCUUUGUGUUCACGAACGAGGACCUCGCGGACGUCCGCGAGCUCAUCGAGGCGAACCGCGUGCCCGCGCCGGCGCGCGUCGGCGCGACGGCGCCCAUCGACGUCAUCGUGCCCCCGGGCCCGACGGACUGCGACCCCGGCCAGACGAACUUCUUCCAGACGCUCCAGAUCGCGACGAAGAUCGUCAAGGGCCGCAUCGAGAUCACGAACCCCGUGAACCUCCUCAGGAAGGGCGACCGCGUGGGCAACUCCGAGGCCGUGCUCCUCCAGAAGCUCCACAUCAACCCCUUCGACUACGGCCUGGUCAUCACGGACGUCUACGACAACGGGUCGAUGUUCGACGUCAAGGUCCUCGACCUCACGGACGCGGACCUCUCCUGCAAGUUCGGCGAAGCGCUCAACGCCAUGUCGUCGCUCUGCCUCGAGGUCAACUACCCGACGCUCGCCUCCGUGCCCCACUGCGUCGCGAACGCGUUCAAGUGCCUCGUCGCGAUCGCCGUCGAGACCGAGUACACGUUCGAGAAGGCCCAGCCCUUCAAGGACUACCUCGAGAAGAACCCGCCGGCGCCCAAGGAGGCCGAGGCCUGAGGUCCUUCCCGAGGCGCGAGCCCCCGGCGCCUGCCGACCGGGGCCGCCGCCCGAACCGGGGACCGCGCGCGCGCGCCUAACGGACGGGCGCGCCCGAGCUUC